AUGGGUUGGAAAUUCUUGUGUUGUGUAGCACCAGAACGCUCAAAGAAACGUACUGGAUCAUUAGAGACAUCCCUUGACUUUUCCCGAUGUAAUUUGACGGAGAUUCCAAUGAUUGAAGACAAUAUUGAUGUUUUGACAGACAUAGACUUUUCAUAUAACAAAAUUACAGAACUGGAUCCUAUUCUGAUGAGAGCCAAAAACCUGAGAGUAUUGAAUUUGUCUGAUAAUCAGUUACGACAUAUUCCAGAGCAACUUUCUAGUGCCUUUAAGAAUUUAAAAGUUAUAAAUGUCUCGCAUAACUUAAUGACGGAGAUUCCAACAUUCUUCAAUGCGAAUUUCACACAUUUACAUACAAUAGAUCUAAGUAAUAAUCCAAUCAACAAGAUUCUUGAUGGGACAAUAACUGAUCUCGUUUCAUUGAAAGAGCUGAGACUUAAUGCUUGCAAUCUCAACUUUUUACCAGCAAAUAUAGCGAAAUUAGUGAAUCUAGAAAGUCUAGAGCUGCGUGAGAAUUAUCUUGAAUCACUUCCACUAUCGAUUAAAAUGUUAACUAAGCUUCAUCUACUGGACAUUGGGAGAAACAAUUUUGAGGAGCUACCAGCUGAACUUGGAUAUUUAUUUAACAUUCAGGAACUUAUCGUUGACGAAAACAAUUUAAUGGAUCUAAGCGUUGUAUCAGAAUUAAUUAAUUUAAAACAUUUGGAUAUUAGCAAUAAUAAUUUAAUACAAUUUCCCGAAGAAGUGACUAAAUGCUCAAUGCUUGAGACGUUGUAUGGCGAUGGAAAUGAAUUUGAAAUUUUACCAGAUAGCAUAGAGAAUUUAAAGAAACUCACAAGACUUAAUCUCAAUUAUGUACGAUUAAAGCACUUGACAAACUCAAUUGGAUUUUGUCAAUCACUCGAGGAGCUGAAUAUUCAUGAAAACUUUUUAGAAUACUUGCCAUCGUCAAUUGGCUUCUUGCGGAAUCUAAAAACACUUGUGGCCUAUGAGAAUCGUUUAAUGCAAUUGCCAAAUGAAUUAGCGUCGUGUGUAAACUUGAUACUGCUGAAUGUAGCAAAUAACAAGUUGAAAAGGCUGCCUGAUAACAUUGGAUAUUUGAAGCAAUUGAGAAGCUUGAAUGUUAUGGGAAAUUAUUUAAUGUAUCUUCCACUCUCAUUGGAUAUGCUGCAAAAUUUAGAAGGAUUAUGGUUGUCGCCAUUUCAAGAAGGCAUGAAAAAGCCAAAUUUAUCAAGAGUUGAAUUAAUGGACGGGAUUGUCUUAACUUCGCCACUACUCGAACAGAAUUAUAAGCCAAUCGAUAAUAAAUCUAUGAAAAGUAACUGUAAGAUUCAUUUUGAAAUUAAUAAUGCACAAUCUGAUGAUGAUGAAGGAACAAGAAAUGAACCAGAAAGAAUUCGAUCGCCAGAACAUCAUCACAUCAUCAGAAUCCCAACACCAACACAACGAGAACGAAAGAGACUAGAGAAAUUUGCACGCACAAUUAGUGCUGAACGGAAAGAUGUGACGAAAAAUUUUGAGAUUAAAGAGGCUCGUGUUGCAUCAACAUCCAGCAGUUAUGCAAAUGUACCGCGACAACGUCGUUCACUCGAUCCUGAAUAUAUAGAAAUUAAUAAUACAAACGAGUUCAGACCACUUCCACCACCGUACAUAAUAGCUUGUCAAUACAGCAAGAUGAGUCAAUCGGAUAUAGAAAAUUUUCAGAAAAUGAAUAGAAAUAGUAUUAGUAACGAUUAUAAUAAUUCUAAUCUACCUUUACUUUCGACAGCGAGGAACGAUUUGGUGCAAUGA